AUGUCCUUUGACGGAUUCAACUCACCGCCACGAUCCCCCAAACGGCGAAGAAUCUUGGCCUCUUACAACCCUGACAAGGAUAGGGAAUCACGGCGGAGGAGGAGGAGACGAUCACGGUCGCGGUCACGAUCACGAUCGCGCUCUCCUAGAUCAAACCGGCACCGUAGUCGCCGGCAUCGCUCCGAGGAGGAUGACCGCGAUGGUCGGGGAAGGGAGCGGAGAAGCUCGAGGGAUAGGAGCAGAGACCGGAACCGGGACAGGGAUAAGGAUGAAGGAACUAAAGACGGCGAACCCCGUCGCAAACACCGCCAUCGUCAUCACCACCGCCGGCACCGUCGCCAUCGCUCACCUACCCCACAACAAGAGCUGCCUGAUCAUCUACAAGACCCCUUCGCCGAACCACCGCUGGAUCCCGAAGCCGCUUUCCGCGAGUCUCUCUUCGACGCCAUGGCUGAUGACGAAGGAGCCGCCUACUGGGAAGGCGUCUACGGCCAGCCGAUCCACGUGUACUCAUCCGCGCGGGAACGGGUCAACCCUGAGGGCGAACUCGAGCGGAUGACGGACGAGGAGUACGCUGCCUAUGUCCGACAGAGGAUGUGGGAGAAGACGCACCAGGGCUUGCUGGAAGAGCGGGAGCGGAGACAGAAGAGGAAAGAGGAAGAGAGGAGGAGGGAAGAGGAGGAGCGGAGGAUCGCCAAGGAGAUGGAGCUGAGCUUGAAGAGGGGAGAGGAGAGAAGAAAGAGGAGGGUGUGGAAGGACAGGUGGGAGGAGUAUCUCAAGGCGUGGGGGGACUUUGCUGCUGCCGCUACGGAAGGUGGUGCGAAGAUUGACGUGGCGAAGAUUCCUUGGCCUGUCAACAGGGAGGUGGUGGGUGGAAAGAUUGAUGAAAUGGAUCCAGAAACGGUUAGGGCUUUCUUUGUGCACGGGAUAGGUCUGGAAGAGUUGGGAGAGAAGGAGUUUGCGGCAAGGUUGAAGGACGAGAGAGUUCGCUGGCAUCCGGAUAAGAUGCAGCAGCGGUUGGGAGGGGAUGUGGAUGCUGCCAUCAUGAGGGAUGUGACGGCGAUUUUCCAGAUUGUGGAUAAGCUGUGGAAUGAUACACGGAAGAGCUCAUGAUGUCUGAUUUAUGGUGGGAUAAAGUUGCAAAGCAUGGCGUUGUAAGUUUGCUGGAUUUAGUACUGCGGUAGCUUCACCAUAUUCUCAGCGAUCAGUCGAGUCCUACCUGGCUGAUGUUGUGACGCAAUGGAGCGCAUGACCAAACGCGCUAUAGCGAUACAAAUAAUAGAACAAUAACCUUUGAC